GUUCCCGAAUACCUUAAUUUUGAUCCUUAUGAGGUCGUCAAAUGAAUGUAGAAGUUUCGAACAUUUCUGUAGAGCAUUCAGAUAAAAGAAAGUUUCUACACCAUCAUCAAAGAUUUUACAAGUCUUAGCCCGUCCACAUUAAUUCAGUUUUUCUCUCUUUAGUACUAAACAAGAAUUUCCAGCAAAAUUAUCCAGAGACACUCGAAUACGAUCGCUGCAGCUGAGUUCUGAGAAGAAACGGAGGAAUUCAUUCGAAGUCCUCGCAGAUUAAAGAGAGUUUUCCCGUCUUGAAGAGUUGAAUUUACCAAGUAGAGCAGGUGAUCAAACGCUACUUUUGUAUGGUUCCUUGGGUUUCGCUCUCGGAAGCUCCAAGGGGGUUGCUCUUUCCGCCAAGCCCCCUUUCCAGUCACCUGGUGCAUAAUUCAAAGACGAUGAGUUCGAAUUUAGAGAUACCUCCUUCAAAUGAGUGUGAGCAAAUUAUAUUGUCUGAAGAACAUCAUUCGAAGAUUUGUGAGGUGCGAAGGCUUUUAGGGCCGUUGACGGGAAAAUUAUCUAUUUACUGUUCAGAUUCAUCCAUUUCAAGAUAUUUAAGGUCAAGAAACUGGAAUGUGGAGAAGGCAACUAAAAUGCUGAAAGCAUCCUUGAAGUGGAGGUCAGAAUACAAGCCAGAAGAAAUUCAAUGGGAGGAGGUUGCUCAUGAAGCUGAGACAGGGAAAGUUUAUCUUGCGAACUAUGGCGACCGACAUGGAAGAACGAUUCUAGUCAUGCGACCUUGUCGCCAGAACACGAAAGCGGUAGAAGGACAGAUUAGGUACUUGGUGUAUUGCAUCGAGAGUGCCAUUUUGAAUCUGCCACAAGACCAGGAGAGCAUAAUUUGGCUGGUUGAUUUCAAGGAUUUUGCCCUGCCACAUAUUUCACUGAAAACAACAAAGGAGCUUGCACAUAUUUUACAAGAUUUUUAUCCCGAACGCCUCGAAUUGGCAAUCCUAUACGAUGCGCCAAAGUUUUUUGAGCCCUUCUGGAUGGUUGUAAAGCCUUUCCUGGAGACAAAAACUGCCAACAAAGUGAAAUUCGUUUACUCCAACGACGUAAACACGAAGAAAAUAAUGGAGGAUUUGUUUGAUAUGGACCUGCUCGAGUCUGCUUUUGGUGGAAACAACAACGCAGGUUUCGACAUAACCAAAUACGCUGAGAUGAUGAGAGAAGAUGAUGAGCGGACAGGGUGUUUCUGGUCCGGGAUAAAUCCCACGGUGCCUGUCUGGGAAAAAGCUCAGAGUAGCAGUAAUGUAGUUGAUUUGAAAACCUCAAACUCUUGUUCUGAACUUUGAGACAAUGAGAGAACUAGAAAUGCAGAUGGCAGCUGAGGCUGCUGAAUACAGUCCCAUACCAAACUCAAAACUGUGUAUUAGUUUCCCUGUUGAGCAAAACGAAGCGUUUUGUAUUUCUCUAUCAUGUAACAAUCAGCUAUGUCCCAUUUUUUUUGGACAUUAUUAGAGCAGGACUUAUUCUUCUUGAAUGUUGCCUAAGAAAUUUGUCUAUUAUUAUGUAUAUGACAUAUGACAAUGA